AUGUCACAUGAAGCGUUUGUCCAUUAUCGUUGCAUUUCUACCCACAGUGCAACGGUUGAUUGUUGUUUACAAACUGACACCGACAACGACGGCUUGUGUUUGUUUGUUUUUUCAUCUAGUUUUUUUAUCCCACCAUGAUCGUUUUUCAUCGCUUUAAUCCCUGCUGCAGUUGUUUUGCGUGUUUUCUAACUAUUUUUAACUAAUUAACUACUGUUAAAAUAUACCCUUCGAAGUGCAUUUUUACUCCACAAGAAUGUGUGAUGAGCGAUUCCGAUGAAACAGACGUGUUGCUGCUUAUACCGCCCGACUUUUUUAACUGCGAAUCGCCCGCAUUACACACGCCUCGAACGACAGCCAACUGUUCCUUCGACGGUGUCGAUCGCUUAUCCUACGCAUCAUUCGCUGAACGUAGCAACGUGAAAACGAUGGCGGGGAUAGGAAAUUACUCGAUGAUCGGCUGUACGGCGGCAGAACGAACCGAGCACUAUGUCGCUUCCACCCCGUUCAAGCAUCACGCGCGUAAGGAACCGCUGAAGGAGCAGUACUUAUUGCACGAGAUAGAUCGAUUUCUGCAUGAAGAUGAUCCGCAAAAGUCACAACAGCGCCAUCAAACUUGCGCAGCAAAUCAACACAAUGGUCCGACCGACAGCCCGGAAGGUUCGUUGAUCGAUGUAAACAGCCUUGCGUUACACGAUUACCCAUCGCUAACGAGGAACGAUUUCAAUGGACUAGCGAAACCGGUUCCAUCCUGUGGUCCCGUGCCUCAAAAGCCACCGCGUAACGUGCACGGUGGAAUGAUAACGAAACCGUCCGGUAAAAAUGGUCAGCUGCUCAAUCUGAGCGAUAUCUGGCAGACGAAUGGUGCUGGACAGCCGGAAUAUUCGAAGGUGCUGCAAGAAGAGCGCCUCCGAAGGCAGCACUGCGAGCGCAACAUUCAAACACUCCACAUGAAGCUGCUCGAGUAUGAGGAGAAAAUAUCCGUAGCGCUUUCCGUAGACAAGGAGAAAGUAUCUAUCAUAGCCAAUUUGGAACAGGAAGCGGCUCGUUUGACCAGCAAGCUUCGUGAGAUGGAACUAAACCAUAUCGAAACGCACGAAAAGCUAAUGACCGAGAACGUGGAGAUAAAAAACAAGAAUCUCUUUCUUGAAAAGGAACUGUCGGAAUCUCUGAACCUGGUGCGAAAGCUGGAAGACAAAAAGGACAAUCUGGAAGCGAAGAUAGAGCAUCUUGCUACCGCAAAUCGAGAUGUGAACGACGUACACCGGCAGCAAAUGGAAGAUCUGCAAAUAAGGCUGGCAAACAGUCGUGACAACGAACGUCAGCUAAGGGAACAGCUGACCAAACAACGGAAGGCAAAUGAGCAGCUUAGUGAAGAAUUACAAACGGAGAAGCAAAAACUCGCCGACAGCGUAAGAAUCAGGGCCGACUUUUGUGCACUGAAAACGAAAACGGAUACGUUGGGGAAACGGUUUGCGGAGGUGACACGCGAGAACGACAGUUUGCAGGAACAAACGAAACACAUGAAGGAACAGAUUACAAUCCACCAGGAGGAAUCGAAAAAGCUACUUAAAGAGCUAGAAAUUCAGCGUCUUUCACUCAAAAAGUACUACCAGUCACAGCUGGAAGAUGUCGUGACGGAUAAGUUAAAAGAAUUUCAGAAGCAACUUACCACGGUCGAAGACGAGCUGAGGGAAGAAUCGAAGAAAAGGGAGCGCAACCUGACCGAUCGGGCGAAACGUCAGAUCGAAUUGAUCGAUCAGAAACGGGAGCAAGAAAUUCAGCUACUUACAGAACGCUACAACGAGCAGGAAUCACUGUACCGGCUGCAGUUGACCAAUUCGGCCAAGCGUAUACACGAGCUAGAAGAUAAGUUACGCACCAUCCAAAGCAGACGGGCGGACAUUGCGGAACAGUUACACUCGAUCAUGGAAAACCAAUGGAAGCAAGCGCUUGACGUACUCAUGAGUCCCGGGCAGCAAACCAGCUCAAACAACGGUUCGAAUCAUUCGGAGCUUGAUGGAAAGGCGGCCAAAUUUAAUCGUCUCACCCUCGAACAUGUCGACAAGGAUCGGCUCGAUGGGGUACGCUCGCUGAAAAAUUCCGUUCUAACCGAUGAAAAUGACUCGUUCCGUACGCCGGCCGGACAGACGGGUGCUGAAAAUCGAAGAAAAUCUUCAGAAUCGAACGUUCCCAGCUUCCCGAAGGAAUUGCUUCACAACUACAUCGAGCUGUUGCUGCAGAAAUCACCAAACGAUCUCAAACGGCUCGAAGAGGUACUGUCGAGUUGUCGUAAGCAAACGGAAAAAGAAUCUACGGUACGGCACAAUGGCAAUGAUACGAAUCAUUGCGCGAUGUUGGGUAAGUCAUCUUCCGCCACCGCCCUGAAUCAGCUGGGAUUAGCGGGAAAAUCUUCCCACAAAACACCGCGACCGUGGAAAUAAGUAAAUGCAGUUUUACUAGACUGAAUAGGAAUCGUUUAGCCGGACAGGUUCGAUAGCUUAAGCGAAAGGAGCUAGCAAAUGUGUGCCUUUUUAAAUAGGUGUUUUACAGACCACAGACUUGCCAUGUGGUACGACGAAAUGUCUUUAGAUUGUAAAAUAAUGUUGCUCAAUUUCUUAGCACAAUCGUUUCAUCAAUGGAGGUGAAGAACAUACCGCA